AUGGGUAACGCCGCUCUGGCACCGAUUAUGAACCCAUUCAGUCUAUGCCAGAAUGUCCCAUCACUCGACCAAAGCGAGAUGGCUAACCAGCCCAUGAAGGCUCUGAGUGGCGGCUCCCUCCCUACAACUCCUACUACUACUACUACAGGAUGCAUCCCCUCUGAGAGAACUAUGAGAUCGGCCUUCCCGAUUCAUCGAGGGCUCCCCUUCCGAAGUAUUUACCGUAAAGCAAGGAGACUAGGCAAGGGUAGCUAUGGCGAAGUAUAUCUAGCGGAGGAAGUCGGUAUUAAAGGGCGCUUGGUAGCAGUCAAAGACUGCCAAGUUGAUGAAGCUGUCCAGUCUGAUAAGGCGACCAGGAGCUACACUACGGAGAUAGCUGCACUUUCGGCCUUACCAUCACAUCCAAGAAUUAUACGGGUUUUUGAAGUGUUCGAGAAUGAGGACGGAUUGUAUCACAUUGUUAUGGAAGCAUGCUGGGGCGGCGAACUCUACGAUCACAUAGUACACACUGCACGGGAGAAUCCGACACUGUCCCGGGGAUUGCCGGAGGCCGAAGUAUCAUCUUUGAUGCGCCAAGUCCUCGAGGCUCUCGCAUUCAUCCAUGCCAGGCAUAUUGUGCAUCGUGAUGUAAAGGCAGAAAACUUUCUCUUCGUGGACAAGCAUGAUAAAAGCCGGUUGAAGCUAUGCGAUUUUGGUGCGGCUGUUAACCUACGAACUACAGUUAAAGGGCUGGCUGAAGGGCGUGUAGGAACACUAUCGUAUGCUGCUCCUGAAAUAUAUCUCUCAGAGGGUGCUGACACGAGGAGUGAUAUGUGGUCCGCUGGAGUUGUUCUCUAUGUGAUGUUGUGUGCAGCGUCUCCUUUCCGGCAGUCAGGCGACCGUUCUACAAAGGUCGUUGUGCAUCGCGUCAAGACCGGCAGCAUCAUCAAGAACAGGCCCGCAUGGCAAAAUCUCAGUGAAGCUGCUGUGGAUCUCGUUAGGCGGCUUUUAGUUGUGGAACCGUCUCGGCGUCUUACAGCUGCAGAGGCACUACAUCACCCUUUCGUUCUAGCAUCGUCCCCUUCUAUUACACCCCGUACACUAACAAUCGCCGGAAGACACAAGUUGGAUCGGUACUUAGCUUUCCCACUCCAGAGGAAGGAACUACUUCGCGCUGCUGCGAGGCUUGUUCCCGAAUCCCAGCUUGGGGAGCUAUCACGAAUCUUCGCGAUAGCGGACUCGGAUCAUGAUGGACGUGUCGAUCUUGGAGAGCUCAACUUCCUUGUGGAGGAGUCUGCAUCCGGCUC